AUGACGGAGUCAGCUCAAACACGUGUCCAAACCGCCAUGAAGGAGGCCCUUCUUCACGACAUCGAAGCAAGUGUCAGCGCACGAUUUGAUGACGUUCGCCAACAUACUCAAGCGCAAUUUGAGGAAAUUUUCCAGCAUAACCAAGAUUUGGAAGCUCGGAUGGACAAAAAACUCGACAAGUUGGAGACAGACCUCUUGGAUAUGUUUGCUGUUAUUCGCAAAAUCUCUAAAACUCGCGACUCAUCUCCUAACCCACCAUCCGUCACCAAAAACUCCACACCUUUACUCCCAACCCUGACCCCCACUCAUGACUCUACUCGUGGCGGCAACUCGCACACGUACUUUGGCAUGACUCAACUUGCUAAGUUGGAUUUCCCUCAGUUUACCGGUGACAAACUUAUAGAGUGGCUGUUCAAGGUCGAACAAUUUUUCUCCAUCGACAACACACCCGAUGACUUACGAGUUGGUAUCGCUUCUAUCCACUUUGACGGUCUUGCAUCGGCUUGGCAUCAAUCAAUCAUUCAAUCUGACCUGGCACAAUCCUCACUCUCUGAUUGGUCCUCGUAUAAGAUUCUUUUGUAUGAACGAUUUGAUGACCUCUUAGACGAUCCUGUUGCGAGCUGA